AUACGUCGGACACACAGACAAUUAAAGGCCUGAAUAGACACUGUGCUUCAAGUCCCGAGAUUUGUGAAGGAAGAAUUGGAUCCAGAAGCCUGAAGACCAUGGAGGGAGACUGUCUGAGCUGCAUGAAGUACCUGAUGUUUCUUUUCAAUUUCUUUAUAUUUCUGGGAGGAGCAUGCCUGCUGGGAGUUGGGAUCUGGGUCAUUGUGGAUCCCACAGGUUUUCGAGAGAUAGUGGCUGCCAACCCUCUGCUCUUCACGGGAGCGUACAUCAUGCUGGCUAUGGGAGCGAUGCUCUUUCUGCUGGGUUUCCUCGGCUGCUGUGGUGCCAUCCGUGAGAACAAAUGCCUCCUGCUUUUUUUCUUCAUGUUUAUUUUGUUAAUCUUCCUGGCGGAACUUUCAGCUGCAAUCCUGGCUUUUAUCUUCAGAGAAAACCUGACCAGAGAGUUUUUCACCAAGGAGCUGAAGAAGCAUUACCUGAGGAACAAUGACACGGACGUCUUCUCUUCCACCUGGAACUCUGUUAUGAUCACAUUUGCCUGCUGUGGAGUGAACGGACCAGAAGAUUUCGAAGCUGUCCCUCAUCCUCUAUACUCUUCUUUGGAAAAGACACUACCAGAGGCUUGUUGCCAGCGAGAGCUCCAGAGCCAGGAAGGGGUGUUUGUCGACAAGGAAGCCUGCCUCACAGGCAUUGAGAGGUUUCAGAACCGACAGGGCUGCUACACUGUGAUCCUGAACUCCUUUGAGACCUACGUGUACCUUGCAGGAGCCCUUGCCAUCGGAGUGUUGGCUAUUGAGCUGUUUGCCAUGAUCUUUGCUAUGUGUCUCUUUCGAGGGAUCCAGUAAGAGGUGGCCCAUGAACCACCAUAUUCCCCACAUGCUCAG